AUGAUAAAGGGUAAAGUGGAAAAUAGGAUAUUUAAUAACGUUAACAUCUUUAGCUUGAGGAGCAAGGUUGCUGCUACAUGGGCAAUUACUCGGUUUUCGAAGUUCCACAUCCGAACCACAGGCUCGGGUUCGCUUUGGUCAACCAUAGGCCCAUCCAAACCAGAGGCUCGUUCCUGGUUCCGUGGAAAAUACUUUGUACAAAGCACAGUUGGACUACAAGGCUUUGGUAUGGCUGGCAUUCUUGCAUUGUGGGAAGGGGACAGUUUGAGCUGGCUUAUUGACAUUGGAGGAUUUGCAAAGAAAGUGAAAAACAAUACUCUAUCUUCAACUGAUCAAAUCAAGGAUUGUGGGGCAUAUCGUGAAUGUCCAAACUGUUAUUAUCAUAUUGACAACAGUGAUAUUUCUACUGAGUGGCCUGGCUUUCCUCUGGGUGUGAAGUUUGAUCCUUCUGAUGUAGAACUUUUAGAACAUUUAGCGGCAAAGUGUGGCGUUGGGAACACACAGCAACACGUGUUUAUCAAUGAAUUUAUCACAACACUGGAAGGAGACCAAGGUAUUUGCUACUUACAUCCAGAAAAUCUUCCAGGUGCUAAGAAAGAUGGGAGUUAUGUUCACUUCUUCCACAGAACGAUCAAUGCGUAUGCUACUGGUCAACGGAAGCGUCAAAAGAUUGAUCAUCAUGGUUUGACUGAAGAGCAUGUGCGCUGGCAAAAGACUGGCAAGACCAAAGCUGUAAUAGAAGAUGGAGUACAGAAGGGCUUUAAGAAGAUCAUGGUUCUUUAUACAAGAGCUAAGCAUGGGUCCAAGCGCUGUAAAUCUAACUGGGUAAGGCAUCAAUACCAUCUAGGAACCAAAGAAGAUGAGAAGGAAGGAGAAUAUGUGGUUUCAAAAAUUUUUUAUCAACAGCAAAAGCAGACUGAGAAAAGUGAAGAGAAUCCAAUGGCUGAAGAUCCUGACAAUAUAACAUUGCGAACAAGCCCAAAGACUCCUAAAUCAAAUCCCCCCAGUCUGCAUCAUGCAGGAAAAUGUGUUGAUUGUGAUGAUAUUGUUAAUGAUACUGUGCCUUUGUCUUUUGUCCAGGAUACCAAGACUAUCCCUGGAGAAUCACAUGCCCCAUUGUCUAAUAUUCAAGACCAAGACAACACAGGCAACGCUGCAUGGUUGGCUGGUGAAUCACAGGCAGUGGAAAGCUCUGAAUAUGCUGAUUUGGAUGACAUAUUAUUGUGCAAGGAGAUAUUAGAUUCGUCUGCUCUAUUCAAUGAUUUUGGAACGGACUCCACCAAUGUUGAUGACUUUGCUUAUUAUGAUAAUAAAAUGGCCAGAAAUGAUAAUGUAUCAUGUGGAGUUUCUGUUCUGGAUACACUUGAAUUGGAUACUCCUCCAGAUUUUGAUCUUUCUAAUUUGGAUUUUUGUUCUCAAGACAGUAUCCUUGGGUGGAUGGACAUGUUAUGA